GCUGCUGGCUGCUGGCUGCUGCUGCUGCUGCUACUGCUGCUACUGCUGCCUUUAUCCCCUCCCCUCCACCCCAAAGGGCCACGCAGCCCAGCCCAAGUCCGGCACGGCUCAGGCCAGCCCAUCCCAGACCGAGACAAGCCCAGUGGCAGCUCCCGAGACGUUGGCUUGACUUCUUUUUAUUACUCACUCGUAUCCGUACACCUCUUCCGCGACGCUGCACCGAGAUCCCACCCACCUCCCCUCCGACCCUGGCCGUUUAUUAUUAUUAUAAGCAGCGGGACCCCAUAUGAAUAUUCCGUGACACUUGCACUUGCACCUGCUGCUCCCUGGCUUCGUGACGACGGGUGUGCAGACGAGAGAAGCGCCCGCAAAGCAGGCAAGAUGCAUCUUGCCCCAAAAGAGCUUGAUAAGCUCGCCAUCUCGCAGCUGGGCCUCCUCGCCCAGCGCCGUCUCGCCAGAGGCGUCAAGCUGAACCAUUCCGAGGCCACUGCCCUUAUCGCCAACAACUUGCAAGAGUUGAUUCGCGAUGGCAACCACACCGUCGCUGACCUCAUGUCCCUCGGCGCCACCAUGCUGGGCCGUCGCCAUGUCCUGCCCUCCGUGCUGGCCACCCUGCAUGAGAUCCAGGUCGAGGGCACCUUCCCAUCCGGCACAUAUCUGGUGACGGUCCACAACCCCAUCUCCAGUGACGAUGGCGACCUCGCCCGCGCGCUCUACGGCUCGUUCCUGCCAAUUCCCAACGCCGAAAUCUUCUCUCUGCCUCAUGCCAGCGACUUUGAGCCCACGCGCCAGCCUGGCGCCGUUGUGCCGCUCAAGGCCCAUGUCGAGUGCAACACAGGCCGCAGGAGGGUGCGCCUCAAGGUCACCAGCAGGGGGGACAGGCCUAUCCAGGUCGGCAGUCACUACCACUUCAUCGAGACGAACCCGCAGCUCGACUUUGACCGCACCAAGGCCUACGGGUACCGCUUGGACAUCGCCGCUGGUACGAGCGUCAGGUUCGAGCCCGGCGACACCAAGACCGUGACCCUUGUUGAGAUCGCAGGAAACCGCAUCAUCCAGGGCGGCAACGGUAUUGCCAAGGGCGUGGUCAGCGCCUCCCGAAAGGAUGAGAUCGUGGCAAAGCUGCAGCAGGCCGGCUUCGCCCACACUCCUCAGCCGGAUGCCGACUCCUCGCUCAGCAUCGAGGGCUUCAAGAUGAGCCGAGCCGCGUAUGCUGCCAUGUUUGGGCCCACAACAGGCGAUGUCGUGCGGCUAGGCCUGACGGACCUGUGGAUAAAGGUCGAGAAGGACUUUACGGUCUACGGUGACGAGUGCAAAUUCGGUGGAGGCAAGACGCUCCGCGAGGGGAUGGGCCAGGCUAGCGGACGGCCAGACUCAAGAACUCUGGAUCUGGUUGUUACCAAUGCUCUGAUCGUGGAUUGGACAGGCAUAUACAAGGCGGACAUUGGCGUCAAGGACGGACUUAUCGUGGGUAUCGGCAAGGCGGGCAACCCGGAUGUCAUGGAGGGCGUGACGCCGGGCAUGGUGGUAGGCAGCUGUACAGAUGUCAUUGCUGGAGAGGGCAAGAUCAUCACCGCUGGUGGUAUUGACACACAUAUCCACUUCAUCUGCCCGCAGCAGGCGUAUGAAGCCAUUGCUAGUGGUAUCACAACCAUGUUAGGCGGUGGUACAGGGCCGAGUGCUGGCACAUCUGCGACAACAUGUACACCCGGCGCUAAUUACAUGCGGCAGAUGCUCCAGGCGUGCGACAGCGUGCCACUCAAUAUCGGCAUCACUGGCAAGGGCAAUGACAGCGACCCAAAAGCCCUGCGCGAACAGGUUAUCGCUGGCGCUUGCGGGCUCAAGCUCCACGAGGACUGGGGCAGCACGCCCGCGGCUAUCGACGCGUGCCUCAGUGUGUGCGAUGAGCUUGACAUACAGUGCUUGAUUCACACGGACACCCUUAACGAGUCUGGGUUCGUGGAGAGCACAAUUGCAGCGUUCAAGGGGCGCACCAUUCACACCUACCACACCGAGGGUGCGGGCGGUGGACACGCGCCAGACAUCAUCAGUGUUGUGGAGCACCCCAACGUGCUGCCAAGUAGCACGAACCCGACCCGGCCAUACACACGCAACACACUGGACGAGCAUCUGGACAUGCUGAUGGUGUGUCACCACCUCUCCAAGAACAUACCCGAGGAUGUGGCAUUUGCCGAGUCGCGUAUCCGUGCCGAGACCAUCGCCGCCGAGGACGUGCUGCACGACCUCGGCGCCAUCAGCAUGAUGUCCUCGGACUCGCAGGCCAUGGGACGCUGUGGCGAGGUAAUCCUGCGCACGUGGAACACCGCUCACAAGAACAAGGUGCAGCGCGGCCAUUUGCCCGAGGACGAGGGGACUGGCGCAGAUAACUUCCGCGUCAAGAGAUACAUCAGCAAGUAUACCAUCAACCCGGCGCUCGCGCAGGGCAUGGCCCACCUCGUGGGCAGUAUCGAGGUGGGCAAGCUGGCGGAUCUCUUGGUAUGGGACCCGGCUUGGUUCGGCACCAAGCCCAACCUGGUCAUUAAGAGCGGGUUGGUGUCGUGGGCAAUGAUGGGCGACCCCAAUGCCUCCAUCCCGACGGUCCAGCCCAUCGUGGCACGGCCAAUGUAUGCACCCAUGGUGCCCGCGACGUCGGUGCUGUUCGUGUCACAGGCAUCCAUAGAGCACGGCGUCGUGCAGACAUACAACCUGCGCAAGCGCGUUGAGCCCGUCAGGGGCUGUAGGUCCGUUGGCAAGAAGGAUAUGCGGUACAAUGACGCCAUGCCGCGCAUGCGCGUCGACCCCGAGAGUUAUACAGUCGAGGCGGACGGGCAGGUCUGCGAGGCCGAGCCCAGCGAGACACUACCGCUUACGCAGGGGUAUUUUGUAUACUGAUCAACCCCUUUGCGCGGGUGACCUCCUCUGGUACUGUUCAGAGUUGAAGAGAGAGGGAGAAGGAAAGGCCGGUUCUCCCUCGCGAAAGAAGUAGAACGCGGCAUAGUCAGGCGUCUUCCACACACACACACACAGCGGUGGAGUUAGAAGCUCUAAUGAUGCACUGGAUCUCAGUCACGUGUGCUACAGAAGCAAGGAGGAGAGAGAAUGUCUACAGCGCUCGGCGAUCUAGGAGGACCAUAUGAGGCAGACCACAUGAUAAUUUGGCGGCUCUUCAACCCUCAUCAAAGAAUUGUCAGUGUCGGUACUUAGGCAGAUAUAUCAUUCUCAGAUUUCACACAAAUUAUAUGCCACCGCCACACGGCUAUUUCCUGUCACCGCCUG